AUGAUAUUCCUUACGAGUCUUACCUUCUCGCUCAUCUUCAGAGUUGGAAGACAUAGGAAUGUCGUGAGCAAAAUCGUGACAACACUGUAAAAACUCCCCCGACUUUCAACUCUGUACUCCCAGUCAUGCUCAAAGCAACAACUUCCUUGAAAAUGUCAACGUAUCAUACAGUCUGUUCAAUGAAAUCUGGAAAAAAAUGCCGAAUUAUAAAAGAACAAACUAUUUGAACAUACAAACAGCUCAAGCACCAUCUGCUGAAAAUGUUUCAUGACAGAGAAAUUAACAAUUGAAAUAGCAUCGCAGUAACAGGUGGUGGAAGUGCUUCAAGCUCUUGAUUAGGAGAAUAAUGGGUAGCGCGUCCUCGAAGUUCAAGAAGUACCUUCAGCAUGGUGACGAAUUUGCGGCCAUGCAAAUAUAUCAAAGCUCUCCAGAAUUGAGGAAAAAUUUAGACCCGAACUUAAGUUAUGGAGACAGCCAUCAGCACAAUACUGCCCUUCACUAUGCUGCUAAGCACGGCAUGAAGCAUCUCUUGCGAACUUUUCUAACAGACCUCGGGGGUGAUCCAAACAAGAAAAAUGCAGCCAACGAAACAGCUCUACACGCAGCCUGUAAGCUGGAUGAUGAAAGAUCUAGAAGAGGAUAUGGAGCUCAAGACAGAAGAGCAGCUUGUGCUCAUCUGCUCUUGGCUUGGAAAGGACCUGCUAUUGAUCUUACGACUGGCAGGAGGGAAAGAGUUGAUGUGGGAGCUCAGGAUAAAGAAGGCAAUACUGCUCUCCACUGGGCAGCUCAAACAGGGCUGAAGAGAUGUGUUGAGCUUCUACUAGCUCAUGGGGCUCCACUAUUCAUCGAAAUAAUGACAAACUGA